GCUGUAAAGAUGAAGCUGAAGGAGCUAUAAACGUUCUAACAAGCUGUCAGGUCUGUUACGAGGUGACAGGCACAGACAGAACAGAGGCAGAAUGCGGUUCAGCUGCAGGAGAAGCCAGAACCCUGUGCGUAAACCUGCGGGAUGACAAUGAGUGAGGGUCUAAAUGGAGCCUUUAUUCCAGCACACACUGGAAUGACUUGGCUUCAAAGCGGAGGAAUGUAGGUUACAUCGGUCCCGAUCCGGAUCCGGGCCUGUUUACUACAGGACGUUAAAGACCACCACAUCCACACGUGUGCGCGUCCACUGCGACGUAGAAGCCAGGCGCGCGGGCGCUCUUGGAGGAGGAUGUCAUCGCCAGUGAUGCUGCCGAGCAGCGCUGCGCUGAGGAAUCAAAGCGCAGGCGUCGAGUCGGGAGGGAGCCGCUUGCGCAGACUGGCUACUGUACUUGGCCACUGAUGCUGCUGGGUAGAUGUAGCGCCUGGUGUAAAUAAGGAUGGCGAGGACAACGGGUCUGACGCGCCGCUUCAUCUCCGCUUGACGUCGGAACAUUUUCUUCCACCACCGGGAUUUCAGAGAAACGCGGCUCGAUUCGUUUGUGGCGUUGAGCAGAGACCGCCGCGGCUGCUCGUCUGAUGGUUUUUAUUUGACACAAGAGCCGGAGCAGACGGGCGGCUUCUUCUAAUAAACACUCGGGUAAAACGGGUCAUUAUGACCUUAGUAUCCUCCAGUAACAGAAACACAUGGGAUUGGCUUCACGCGGCAGCGUUCUGCUGGCAUCUUGUGCUUUGGAUCUCGUGCGCCGUGUCCGGAGAGGAGCAUCAUCAGUUCAGUGUUGAGGGAUGGCUACAGAGGUAUGGCUACCUUCCCCGCACCCAACCGGGAAUGUCUGUCAUGCGCUCGGCCCAAAGCAUGCACUCAGCCAUCGCAGCCAUGCAGCGCGUCUAUGGCCUCAAUGUCACCGGGACACUGGAUGAGAGGACCAAGGAUGAUAUCACGCUGAGCUGGAUGCAGAGGCCUCGCUGUGGGGUUCCGGACAGGGUCAGGAGCAGCUCCAGGUCGCGGACGCGGCGCUACGCGCUGACGGGGCAGAAGUGGCAGCGCACGCACAUCACCUACAGCAUAAAGAACGUCACGCCGAAGGUGGGCGCCCGCGAGACGCACGACGCCAUCCGCCGCGCGUUCGACGUGUGGCAGGGCGUGACCCCGCUGCACUUCGAGGCCGUGCCCUACAGCGCCCUGGAGACGGGCCGGCGCGACGUGGACAUCACCAUUAUCUUCGCCUCGGGUUUCCAUGGCGACAGCUCCCCCUUCGACGGGGAGGGGGGGUUCCUGGCCCACGCCUACUUCCCCGGACCCGGCAUCGGAGGGGACACGCACUUUGACUCAGAUGAGCCCUGGACUCUGGGGAACCCCAACCACGAUGGUAACGACCUGUUCCUGGUUGCGGUUCACGAGCUGGGCCACGCCCUCGGCCUGGAGCACUCCAACGACCCCACCGCCAUCAUGGCUCCCUUCUACCAGUACAUGGACACAGAGAACUUCAAGCUACCUCACGAUGACCUGCAGGGCAUCCAGAAAAUCUACGGUCCUCCAGACAGAGCCCCGCAGCCCACCAGGCCCCCCCCCACCGCGCCGCCGCCCCGCUUCCACCCGCCCUCGGACCCCCGCAAGCACGACCGCCACGCCCGGCCCCACCGGCCUCCGCAGGGGGCCAAGCCCUCCAACCCCAACUCCAAGCCCAGCAUCUGCGACGGGGGCUUCAACACGCUGGCCAUCCUGCGCCAGGAGCUCUUUGUGUUCAAGGACCAGUGGUUUUGGAGGGUGCGGGACAACUCGGUGGUCCCUGGCUACCCCAUGCAGAUCAACUACUUCUGGAAAGGCCUGCCGCCCAAAAUAGAUGCUGUCUAUGAAAACAGCGAAGGCAAAUUUGUCUUUUUCAAAGGAAACCGUUUCUGGGUCUUCAAGGACACGACGCUGCAGCCGUCGUACCCUCAGGACAUCUCGCUGUUCGGGAGCGGCAUGCCCACUCAGAGCAUCGAGACGGCUGUGUGGUGGGAGGACGCCGCCAAAACCUACUUCUUCAAAGGAGACAGAUACUGGAGAUACAACGAGGAGAUGAGGACCAUGGACCCCGGGUACCCCAAGCCCAUCACCAUCUGGAAGGGCAUCCCAGACUCCCCGCAGGGCGCCUUCGUGGACAAGGCCAACGGGUUCACCUACUUUUACAAGGGCAAGGAGUACUGGAAGUUCAACAACCAGCUGCUUCGAGUGGAGCCCGGCUACCCGAGGUCCAUCCUCAGGGACUUCAUGGGCUGCGACGGCCUGCCCGCGGACCCCGACUGGGACUGGAGCCCGCCGGUGGCGGAGGAGCGUCACUACGACAACGGUGACGUGGACGUGGUCAUCAAGCUGGACAGCGUGGGCGGCACGGAGAAGGCGGUGGCCAUCGCCAUCCCCUGCGUGCUGGCGCUGUGCAUGAUGGUGCUGCUCUACACCGUUUUCCAGUUCAGGAGGAAGAGCACGCAGCGCCACAUACUGUACUGCAAGCGCUCCAUGCAGGAGUGGGUGUGAGGCGGCGGAGCAGCCCUGAUAGAGGUCUAGUUAUCGCUCAGCCCUAAGUACAGUAAGUGGAGCACUGUUACGGGUGCAGGACGCGAGGACUGCCGCGUCGGCACAUUUUAAAACUGCUCCAACUCAUAAUGUGCAAGCUGCAACGAAGCUGGCAGCACAUCCCCUAUCUCCAACUAAUAUGUAUGUAUCUACUCGGACUUCUUUCUGUGUCUUGGAAUGAACUCAGCUGAAGGAGACAGCGUUAAGCUCCUGAGCGUAAGUGGGACCUUCGUCCGUCCUCGUCUCUGCACGCCGCUUAACAAGCACCUAGCACGAACAUCCGUGGACAAAUUAGACAUAGGCUUCCGCUCUCCUUUCAUUUCCUCAUCCCGUCGCCCCGAGCUGUGCUAUUUUUAAAGGCAGGUUCCCUGUGGAAGAUUCUUCACGCGUGGAGGACUGAGGCGCAAACCAAAUACGACCCUUUCUUCCAAAGAGGAUUUCUGCUGCGCUGCUCUCGAUGGGACACUUCCUGUCCGUGGAUGGAACGUUGUGGCUUCAUACUCCGCUUCUCCCCCCGAUCAUGUCCCCCCGCCUGCUCUGUAAUCUGCGGGGAUCGCAAGCAGCCGCCGGCGAGAAGUCGCAACUGCAGACUGUUGUGGCCUAUCUGCAAAACAGGGGCCCAAAAAAAAUCUCUGCAAUAUUUAUGAGACUGCCUUAAACACAGAUUGUUGAACCUCUCUCCUCUUUCUCUCUCCGUCGCCCUGGUGACGGUGCUGGACCAGGCUCAGGUGAACUUCAGAGCCGGCAGCUGAGGACGCUUCCAUCCGCAGCAGGUUGGUUGUGAUGGAGAGACAAAGGGAAGGACAGCGCGCGUGCAUGUGUGUGAGCGAGUGACUCCAACCCGCUGUUUGUCGUGUGUUAUGGAAAAGCUAAUAUCCUCAUUCUUCUUUUUGAAACUAGCGUCGGCGCACACGUUUCAGCCACGCCACUAACCCACCGUUACGCUUCUCUCUCAACUUUUGUACAAGGUUAUAGGUUUACACAGCGUCUCACAUCACAGGAGAGAAAAACAAAGCUGGUCUAAACCAUCAUCGCUGCUCCGGUUGGGAACGGUCCCUACUUUUACCAGGCUGCGCCAGUUUAAUGUGAAAAACAAAAUCCCUCUUCUAAAAAAUAUUUAAACAAUGACAUGAAUUAAUGAAGCGAGCUAAAGAAACUAAAGUCAAGGUCAUUUACUACUCAGUGUAAUUAGCCACCAGAAUCAAAGGAUUCUGCUUUAACUUCAUAGCUAUGAGGACAAAUGAUAUAAAGCAUUUAAAGGACCAAGCGGUGAAGCUCUAGAGCUCAACUGGACGUUGCCUCCUGACGUUCAUGCACUGAUGUGGUGUGAUUUCGUUGUUUUUCCAUUUGUGCUCCACUUUUACUUGAAACGGUCACGAACAUCAACUGUACAGGAUAUGUGACGUACCCGUCCGCCAUCUUAGAACACUGAACGAAACUCGCUGAGUUCCGUAGAGAACCCGGUGGAGGCUGCGUCAGACGUGGAUCACCUCAUAAUCGCUUAUAAGGGAUAAAAACGUAUUUAAGGGCAGUGCAUGUCAUAGUUAAACUAAGAUGUCAUUCUCUCAGAGCUGUUGCACAGUUGUGCUAUUCCUUCAAGCCACUAAUCAGCAUUUCUGGCCCUGAGACCCUCAGGCCCACGUUUUAAAGGAAGCAGUUGGGUGGCAGCAAAACCCUUUGUCUCCGUGUUGUGUGUUGUCUGACUCCUGCGUUUGUGGCGAUGGUCUGAGGGCUCCAGACGCCCAUCGCUACCUAUUUAUUCCCCGGAUCUCACUGCACUGAGGGCAAUAAAGAGGCUGGAAGUGCGGCUCACUCAUCCGGGCCUUUCGGGUUUUGCCUCCACCGUGACCGGUCCAUCUGGUGUGGAUGUUUCACACUAAAAGGCUCCACGCCGAUCACAUGUGGACUGGGCCAGAGCGAGGAGUCUCUCUCGCCUGCCUCCACACGCUGCUGAGCAUUAGGGCUCAUUCUGAGCAUCGUCAAGGAAAGAUGGGGCCGAUUAGACAGCAGUCGAUACGCGUCGGAACCAAGGGAGCCGAAGAGACGGGAAGCAUUUUGUAAUCGAUGCAGCCGGGUUCUUAUGCACAGAUAUAUGCAGAAUAUAAAGUGUAUGAGAAGUGAACAUAAUGUACACAUUAACAGAGUCUUUACUGUCUGCUUGGUAGGAUUUUGUUUUUAAUCCAUCUACUCUAUGGAUAAAGAAAAAUGUAUGUUGUAAAUAAAACAAGUGCAAACGGA